GGGACCAAGAGGCGGUAAAGGUGGACCCCCUCCCCUCAUGUCUUCCCUGUUAGGCGAACCCCCUAAGAUGCCUCGUCCCGGCACGGUCAAAGAGCAUUUCCCCCCUCGCCAUGCACCCCCCCUCCACCGCCCUGGAACCCCUGGUGCCCCCCCUCCCUUACUGGGCCGAGUUAAGGAUGGCCUUAACCUUCCCCCGCAGCCCCCCUCUCCGUCCUCUACCCCUCCGUCUCCCUCCGGCGACCCCCUCCCUCCCUGCCCACAAGCACCUCAGCUCCAGCGCCCUCCAGCUAGCCCUCCCGGUCAGCCUCGACACACCAACCACCCUAGUCGCCCCUCCGCCCCCCUCUCCCUCCUGCGUCUGCCCUCCCCCAUCCCCCGUCCCCCCAUCCUCUCCCUCCCCGUUCCCCAGAGACCUCUUCUCCACCCUCGUGGCCCCCCUUCCCACCCGCAUCUCAACCGAGACCAACCCAUUUUUCGUGGGGGCAAGCGUCCUGGCCCUCCCUUUGGCGGGGGCAGAGGUGGUCCAUUCUACCCCCCAAAAAGACCUUUCUUACCUCCACGCUAUUGAAGUAUUAGUCCGCAACCAGCUGAUUUUCCAGAAACUCCCCCAGCUAGCCGGGGUGGCGUGUAGAAGCAUUUUGGAGCAACAGUGUUCUCUACUCCUCACAAAAGAAAGAUGGGGCGGUGAACUAGAAGGAAGACGACAAGCAAAUAGGGAGGAAAAAAAACAGAAACGGGCAUCUGAUGCUAUAACUGAGCGUGUGCGGUUGUUUGAGUCUCUUAGAGAGAGGCGGUGCCAGCAUAGGACCAGGGAUGCUACCGAACAGGCCCUUAUUAUCCAGUUGGCUAAUGGCAGGACCGUAAAGGGCACUGCUGGAGUUACCACGCCCCUACUCAUCGCCCAGAAUGCACGUGUAAAAGGUGCCUUAGUAAGCAGAGUGAAUGGAGAACUCUGGGAGCUGUUGCGCCCUCUGGAGGCUGACUGUGAAUUACACCUGCUGGACUACAACACCGCAGAGGGCAAACAGGCCGCAUGGAGAACAGGAGUGUGUGUAGUGGCAGGGGUGUUAGAGAAGGUGAUUGGGGCUGAGGUGUGCAGAGAGGGCCUGUCCAAGUCUGGGCUCUACUGUGACUAUGUGCUUGAGAAGAGUGCCCUGUCCCUACCAGAGCUGGAGGCGAGGUGUGAGGAGGCCGCCAGCCAGAAGCUUCCUCUCUCCAGACUGGAGCUGACGUCGCAGGAAGUCAGGGAGCUCUUCCAGGACAGUCAUCUAAGACUCCAGUUGAUUGAAGAACAGAUGAGUGGUCCUACUUUGACAGUGUACAGGUGGGGCGACAGCAUAGGUGUCUGCAAUGGCCCGCUCCUUCCCCACACUGGUCUCCUCAAGGUCUUCAAAAUGCUGCAGGCGUCUCCUGUAACGUUGUCCAGUACGGUUGGCUCGUCCCAUGUGAUGCGUGUGAUGGGCGUGGCCUUCCCAGGAGAGAGGGAGAAGGAGGAAUGGGAGAGAGAACAGGAGGAAGCACGGAAGAGAGACCACCGGCGUAUUGGCAAGGACCAGGAGCUGUUCUUCUUCAAUGAUGUCAGUCCUGGAAGCUGCUUCUUCCUGCCUAAAGGAGCUCACAUCUACAACACACUCACUGACUUUAUCAAGAGUGAGUACAGGAGGCGUGGCUUCAAUGAGGUCGUGACCCCAACCUUGUACAAAACUGCAUUGUGGGAACGGUCCGGUCACUGGGAACACUACAGUGAAAACAUGUUCACUGUGUCAGGUGACACAGACACCUAUGCUCUCAAACCCAUGAACUGCCCCGCCCACUGCCUAAUGUUUGAACAGCGUCUGAGGUCUUGGAGGGAGCUCCCAUUGCGCUGGGCAGAUUUUGGGGCGCUGCAUCGGAACGAACUGUCUGGGGCUCUGGGUGGUCUCACCCGUGUCCGCAGGUUCUGCCAAGACGACGCACACAUCUUCUGCACUCCAGAACAGUUGGAGGAUGAGAUAUUGGCGUGUUUGGACUUUGUGAGGAGUGUAUAUCGAGUGUUUGGGUUCUCCUUCCACUGUCUCCUUUCUACCCGGCCGACCCCCAGCCUGGGGGAACCGAAGCUCUGGGACCACGCUGAGAAGCAGUUGGAGAGGAGUCUGGAGCAGUUUGGAGAGCGCUGGGAGCUUAACCCUGGAGACGGGGCAUUCUAUGGGCCAAAGAUUGACAUCCAGAUCAGGGACGCCAUUGGUCGACAGCACCAGUGCGCCACCAUACAGUUGGACUUUCAGCUGCCAAUCAGAUUUGAUCUGCAGUAUGUGGGGGAGGAUGAAAAGACUCACAGGCCAGUGAUGGUCCAUAGAGCUGUUCUUGGAUCACUGGAACGCAUGAUAGCUAUACUGGCUGAGAGUUUUGGCGGGAAAUGGCCUCUGUGGUUGUCUCCAGCGCAGGUCAUGGUUAUUCCUGUAGGGGUCAGCUGUGAGUCGUACGCCGUACAGGUGGUCCAUCAGUUCCGGGAGGCUGGUUUCAUGACAGAAUUGGAUGAGGGUGUGGGUGCCACCUUAAAUAAGAAGAUCCGCUCUGCACAGCUGGCCCAGUACAACUACAUAUUUGUGGUAGGAGUGAAGGAGUGUGUGAGUGGCACAGUGAGUAUAAGGACCAGAGGAGGGAACCAGCUGGGACAGAGAGACACAGAGGAGGUCCUGGCAUCACUUAAACACCUACGAGACACACGCAGCAACAUGGAGGACUUCUAACAUACAUACAUACAUACAUACAUACAUACUUCUGGGUGAAUACUGAGCACUUUUGUAAUAAAAUAAAAUAACCUAAAUCCAUAAA